CGUCUAGGUGUAGGGGCGUGGCCGGCUCGAGGGAAUAUUAUGGUCCGGUCGCGGUGCGCGCAGCGAGAGAACGCGCGAGAGACUCAGCUUCACGACGCUUUAUUAUUUACAUCUGUCUCCUCAGAGGACAUUUUACUGACGUUGACUCAACAGGCGGCUCUUUAGGUGCAUUUCCCUCCGUGCUUGUUCUGUGUGCUUUAUGAUAGCUGUCUGUGAAUCAGACCUUGUCUGCAUGUGUAAGAGCUUCGAGUAUGGACAUGGACAAAUGAAAGGGACAUCAUCUGAUAACUCCACGCAGCGUUUGACAUCGGAGGCAAAGCAUCCAUGUCCCCCUGCUUCAGUGAUCCAGAUAUCGACAGAGCAGCAGAGGAGACCAUAUACAACCCACAUAUGUCUAACGUCUGUAGCCAGGAUGACACGGACAUUGCCCUUGACCUGGACGAUGAAUCUCUUUCAGACCCCCUUCCACCUCUCCCUCCACCCCUUUCACCCAUGGACAGCCCUGAACUGCCUUUGCCCCGCGAACCAAGCCCCCCUCCACUGUCCGCAUGUAGUCCAGCACGACCCACCACUUUGCCUUUGAAGACACUGCCCCGACCCAUGCCCAGCAACACCACGGCCUCCACCACCACCUCCAUCACCAGGGAGAACGGUGGACCACUGAGCAAAGACCCAGAAGAAGAGGAGAGGAAGCUGAUGGAGGAAGAGCUAAAGAAAUGCAUUGAUGAUUUCAGGAAAAUACGCAUCCCAAAACUUUUCCCAGACCGCAAGAGACACUGGCAGAGUGAUCUGCUCAAAAAAUAUAAUGCAUAAUAUGGAUAAACCACCCUGCUGAAAACACCAGCAAAACAAACACGCUCUACACGGUGUUAUGCAUGCCAUCUAAAUUCUACUUUGUGUCAGUAUUUAUUUGAUUGUUCCUUAAUCAUUUUGAAAACAGUUUUGAAUAUUAUGUUAUUUCAUGAUUAAGUGUCAUUUUUCAGUAGAAACCUAAUUGUUAUCGUUAGUUAUGUGAGGCAAACGAAAUUACGAAGAAACUAUUUUAGACCUUGCAACCUACCUGACAUGCUCCAGCUGUUUGGAAUGACAUGAGAGCGAGUGAAUCCUUUUCAUUAAAUCAAGUGAAAACUCA